UUUGUUUUACUCACUUAAGAAGUAAAUUACAGGCAAUAGCCAAUUGGGGUCGCUACAGGCCGCUGUGGAGUCUUUGUGGCAUCACUGGGCUACAUCGGAGGCUGUUCGACUCAAAAAAUAUUUAGGGGAAACACGACCUCGUGUAACCUAAACAUCGUGUGAAAAGGCACCGCCAAAGUCACGUGGGCGAGAGAUCUGCCAGAGACGCCAAUUCCUUCUUGCUGACCCGCAAUGAUCAAACUCAUUGCAGGGCAGUAUAAAUGCACACUAUCAUAAAACUCCACGGACAUCCAUCCGUGUCACUAUCCAGGCGCAGACUGGAUUGCGGAGAGUCUUACCACUAAGCUCAUCGUGUCAGCGUUACUCUUCUGAAAAAAGGAGAGAAAUUGAAACGAUGACUGACAGGUCGAAUCACAUCAACAUCCCGAUGGUGGAGGAUUCCAGCGCGAACGGGACGUCCAGACGCCAAGGGGGAAGCAUGAAGCGCCCGCACGGGUCCACCGUCAGCUUCCACAACAUCAACUACAACGUGGAACUCAAGAGCGGGCCCAUAUGCAAAAGAAAGGUGACCGUGAAAGAAAUCUUGAUUGACCUUAAUGGGCUUAUGAAACCAGGACUGAACGCUAUUUUGGGAGCUACAGGAAGUGGCAAGUCAUCGUUCCUGGAUGUCCUGGCUGCCAGAAAGGACCCAGCAGGGCUUUCUGGAGAAGUGCUGAUCGAUGGGGCCCCCCAGCCACCCAACUUCAAGUGCCUCUCAGGAUACGUUGUGCAGGACGACGUUGUCAUGGGCACCCUGACGGUGCGGGAGAACUUCCGCUUCUCCGCGGCGCUGCGACUGCCCACCUCCGUGAGCGAGCGGGAGAAAGAGGAGAAGGUCAACAACCUGAUCACGCAGCUGGGCCUCACCAAGGUGGCCGACUCUAAGGUUGGGACCCAGAUGAUCAGGGGGAUAUCCGGGGGCGAGAGGAAGAGGACUAAUAUCGGCAUGGAGCUGAUCAUGGACCCCUCCGUGCUGUUCCUCGAUGAGCCGACCACUGGGCUGGACGCCAGCACGGCCAACUCUGUUCUCCUGCUGCUGAAGAGAAUGGCGAAUCACGGUCGAACCAUCAUCAUGUCUAUACACCAGCCCAGAUACUCCAUCUAUCGGCUGUUUGACAGCCUCACGCUGCUGGUGAGCGGGAAGCAGGUUUUCCACGGACCCGCCCAGAAUGCUCUGGAUUACUUUGCUGACAUUGGAUAUGCUUGUGAACCCCAUAACAACCCAGCUGACUUCUUUCUGGAUGUCAUCAAUGGAGAUUCCACAGCAGUGGCUUUGACCAAAAUGCAAAAUUCUGAAGAGCCGGACUUCGAGGAGAAGGACAGCUCGCGGCAGACCAUCGAGGAGCGGCUGGUGGCGGAGUACCGCAGGAGCCGGUACUACCGGGACACGGCCGAGGCGCUGGGGAAGGUCGUCCAGGGCAAGGAGUACGCCGUCCUGCCCAAAUCCCGCACCAUCACCUACAACACGUCCUUCGCCCACCAGUUCAGGUGGGUCCUCAAGAGGACGUUCCGGAACCUCCUGCUGAACCCGCAGACGUCCGUGGCGCAGGUGGCAGUGACGCUCUUCCUUGGCCUCAUAGUGGGAGCGAUAUUUUUUAACGUCAAAGAUGACCAGAGUGGGAUCCAGAACAGGAUGGGAGCUCUGUUCUUCAUCACCACCAACCAGUGCUUCGGGGCGCUGUCUGCUGCCGAGCUCUUCAUCACGGAAAGAAAGCUGUUUGUGCAUGAGUACAUCAGCGGGUAUUACAGGGUCUCCGUCUACUUCCUGUCCAAGAUCCUGUCCGACAUCCUCGCCCUCCGAACCAUUCCAGCCAUAGUCUUCAGCGGCGUGACGUACUUCAUGAUAGGACUGAAAGCCACGGCCCCGGCCUUCUUCAUCUUCAUGCUGACCGUGGCGCUCGAGGCCUACGCCGCCACCGCCAUGACCAUGGCCAUCUCUGCCGACCAGACCGUGGUCGCCGUCGCCAACAUCUUCAUGACCAUCAGCUUUGUGUUCAUGAUGAUAUUCUCUGGCCUCUUGGUGAACUUGCCGAGCAUCAUGGACUGGCUGUCCUGGUUUCAGUACCUCAGUAUCCCGCGCUACGGCCUGACCGCUCUUCAGGUGAAUGAGUUUACUGGGCUGGAUUUCUGUGGGCAGAUCACUAACGGCACAUUACCGGGAAUUCCCGGCUGUAACAUCACGGCUCCUGGCCAGAUGUGCACAGGUGAGCAGUUUCUGGAGAACCAGGGGAUUGCAUACACAGCAUGGGGCCUGUGGCAGAACCAUUUGGCCCUUACCAUAAUGACCGUCAUUUUCUUACUCAUCGCAUAUCUAAAGCUUCGCUUCAUUAAGAAGUUCACAUAGAUCCAGCGGAACUGCCUAUGAACAUUUGUGCUUUGUGUGCCAAAGUUUUUUUUUUAAUACACACCAUUGAUAAAAAUGAAAAAACCAAAACUGUAUAAAUUGAAAUAUAUACGUACUGAGUAAGUCUAUGUUUAUUUUGUGUUUCAUGUAGUAGAGUAGAUGUUAAUUUUAUAUAUGCAAUCAUAGCAUAUUUUCUACAUGGCAAUGCUGCCUUUCUUGGUCUUGUAUUCGUACAGAUAAGAACAAAAAUAUUUCAUGAGGCGGUUUUAUUUAGUUCAGUUCAUCAAAGCUCAAUUGUAAGUCUCGGGUUGUGAUUUUGUUUGAUGUUUAUGUGCAAUAUGUUAACCUGUACUGCUGCAGCACAUUGCUUAUCCUUAUUUACCGUUUGUAAAUCCUUAUUUACCGUUUGUAAAUAUUUAUUUAUCAUUAAUGAAGAUGUUGGUAAUAGUAUAAGUUGGUUCCCUGUUCUAAUGAAACACUGGUAAAGAAUC